UAUUUCAAGGCGCGCCAAAUCUGCAUCAGACAUAAACAACACGUAGUUGUGAACAGCAUCGAUAACGUCUAAAAGGCCUGCUGUCAUGGACCUCAGCCCCUUUGAAUCGGACAACUCUGUGAGCUGCCGCCUGGCCUCUGAGAUCCCGGAUGUCUGCCGGACUGAGGACUGCUGUCUGGGCAUCGAUGAGGCGGGCAGGGGGCCUGUGCUGGGGCCCAUGGUGUAUGGAAUAUGUUUCUGUCCAGUUUCCAAAAAGCAGGAGCUGAAGGACUCGAAAGUGGCAGAUUCAAAGACUCUUAACGAGGUAGAAAGAGAUAAUCUUUUCCAAAAAAUUGAUGAGUCCAAAAGUUACAUAGGCUGGGCUCUGCAGAUCCUCUCCCCGAACACCAUCUCAACCAGCAUGUUACAGAGGACAAAAUACAACUUGAACGCCAUCUCACAUGAUACAGCAAUUGAUCUAGUACAGUAUGCCUUGGACAGUGGAGUACAGCUUAAAGAGGUGUUUGUGGACACAGUCGGCCCAGCUGAUAAAUAUGAGGACAAACUCUCAAAGCGGUUUCCAGGUAUCGAUGUGACUGUGAGGCCGAAGGCUGACUCCCUCUUCCCCAUCGUCAGUGCAGCCAGUAUCUGUGCCAAGGUUAGUGACCACCAGCCAAAGGGAUCUCAGUUCUUCAGUGAUGUCUUUGUUACUUCAGGCCCUGGUUUUUCAGAUCCGAAGACUAAAGCGUGGAUGCUGAAGUACCUGGAUCCAGUGUUUGGUUACCCUCAGUUCGUUCGAUUUAGCUGGAGCACUGCCCAAACCCUGAUGGACAGCAAGGGCGUGACGGUCCACUGGGAUGAUGAUGACGAGGAUGGGGAGAAAGGGGCUCAGCGUCAGAACAACAAAUCCAUGUUGGCUUACUUCAGUGCAUCAGCUGGAGGUAAAGACCAAAAAUCGACUCACCAGACACACCGCUUCUUCACUGAGCGGCGGCUGAAGAGCCUCGAUGCACUCUGAAGACAACACAGUAGAGGAAACACACACACAGGCAGGAAAUCACAAGCUCUUUGUGGUAUUUCCAUGUGCGGCACAAACAGAAAUUGAUAUGGACUUUAAUGCAACACUGCAGACCUUUUUAUGUUUGUAUCACCAAUCCAGACUCAAAUUAAGGUCUAUCUUUAUUUGUCACUUUUGUAUUUGUUUUUUUAUACAUAAAAAUAAUGUUAAUAACAA